UCAACAACUUGAAUGACUUAUCGUUCAAAGAUAACUCAAAAUACCGUCAUUCAGAGGGAAGAGGGAGCAACUUCGUGCACAAAAAUGUCUCUUAACAGAGCAAACCCAACAACUUCCAUGAAAUGGAGAAUCCAAAUCAGACAAAACCAGUUAGUGUUCCAAAUAUCCUCAAUCCUCUUACAAAGACACAACUGGAUUUCUCUUCUCCAAAACUUCAACCUCUCCUCAAAACUAACUCCUCCUCUCUUUAACCAAAUCCUCCACAAAACACAAACUAACCCUCAAAUUUCUCUGCGCUUCUUCAACUGGGUCCAAACCAAUCUAAAGCUUAAACCAGACCUUAAAUCCCAAUGUCACAUCAUCAAUAUUUGUGUCAAUUCGGGUCUCACUCUACCUGUGAGACCAAUCAUGGAUUCUUUGGUGAAAACACAUCAUGUGUCAGUUCUUGGAGAGGCCAUGGUUGAUUCUUGUAGAGGUAAAAGUUUAAAGUCUGAUGCCUUCAGUUUUCUUCUUGAAUGUUACUCGCAUAAGGGUCUGUUUAUGGAAAGUUUAGAGAUGCUUAGGAAGAUGAGGGGUAAUGGAUUUAUUGCUUCUGGUACUGCCUGUAAUGCUAUUCUUGAUGUUUUGCUAAGAGAAAAUGAGAUUAAAUUAGCUUGGUGUUUUUAUUGUGCCAUGAUUAAAGAUGGGGUUUUGCCUGAUAAAUUAACUUGGUCGUUGGUUGCUCAGAUUCUUUGUAAAGAUGGGAACUUUGAGAGAAUUGUUAAGUUUUUAGAUAUGGGUGUUUAUAAUUCAGUUUUGUAUAACGGUGUUAUUGAUUGUUGUAGUAAAAGAGGGGAUUUUGAAGCUGCUUUUGAGAGGCUAAAUCAGAUGUGUGAGAGGAAACUUGACCCUGGUUUUAGUACUUAUGGUGCGAUACUUGAUGGAGCUUGUAAACAUGGGAAUGAAGAAGUGAUUGAGAGAGUUAUGGAUAUAAUGGCUGAGAAAGGCUUGCUUCCAAAAUGCCCUUUGUCUCAAUGUGAUUCAGUCAUUCAAAAGUUUUCUGAUUUGUGUAAGAUGAAUGUAGCAACAAUGUUUUUUAGGAGAGCUUGUGAUGAGAAGAUUGGAUUACAAGAUGCUACUUAUGGGUGUAUGUUAAAGGCAUUGUCUAAAGAAGCAAGAGUAAAGGAAGCAAUUGGUUUAUACAGUUUAAUUUCCGAAAAGGGAAUCAGAGUGAAGGAUAGUACUUAUCAUGCAUUUUUGGAUCUUCUCAGUGAAGAAGAUCAGUAUGAAGAAGGAUAUGAGAUAUUGGGGGACAUGAUGAGAAGAGGUUUUAGACCUGGUACAGUUGGGUUGUCUAAAUUUAUCUUGUUACUAAGUAGAAAACGUAGAUGGAGGGAAGUGGAAGACUUGCUGGAUUUAGUUUUAGAGAAAGGAUUACUGCCAGAUUCAUUGUGCUGUUGCUCCCUAGUUGAGCAUUAUUGCUCUAGGAGACAGAUUGAUAAAGCUGUUGCGUUGCAUAACAAGAUGGAGAAAUUGCAAGCAAGUUUGGAUGUUGCAACAUAUAAUAUGCUUCUUGACGGGCUUGUAAAAAACGGUAGGAUUGAAGAAGUAGUUAGGGUAUUUGAUUACAUGGAAGGACUCAAAUUAGUGAAUAGUGAAAGUUUUACAAUAACAAUCCGUGGGCUUUGCCGGGCAAAAGAAAUGAGGAAAGCAAUGAAACUUCAUGAUGAAAUGCUGGACAUGGGGCUGAAACCUGAUAAAGCAGCAUAUAAAAGGCUGAUAUUGGAAUUCAACAAGUAGAAUGUACAGGCAGUGUGUUUGUUCUGCGACUUUUCCUGGUCAAACUGUAUACUUUUGCCCUUCUUUGUUUUUGAGUUAGCAAAUAUGAUGCUCAGGCCAAGCGUUACAGUUUCUAAAUUUAAAGAAUAUUGUUGUGGUCUAUUUUCCGAACCAUGCAAUUUCUGUUAUAUGAGCAUAUAUAGUGCUACAGUGCUGCAUAAUUGUCUGCUGAUAACAUGUUUUAUGAGAUGCUCGAUGGUAAACGAGAUCAAGUUUUUGUCCUCUCACAAACAGGUGAUGGACUUCAGAUAGAUCAAAGGAAGAUGGAGCAAGCCUUUGCAUUAUGUUGUAAGUUGGAGAAUUGCAUACAAGUUUGGAGGAAGCAACAUAUGGUUGAACUUCUUGAUGGUUGGUCAAAGAAGUUAGGGUUUACAAAAACAAAGAAGAGAGGGUUGAUGAAGAGGUUUGGGUGUUUGAUUACACAGAAUAACUUGAUGAUGAGUCCAUAUUGCAAGUUUCACAAAUACAAUGUGCUGCUUUCCUACUUCAAAGGAACUGAGAAGAGCAAUGAAACUCCAUGAAUUGUUGUUGAAGAUGGGGCUUAAACCGAUAAAGCAACAGAUACAAGCUUUGAUAUUGAGAUGCAAGCAAUGUAUUGUGUAUCUUUAGCUGUACUGGAUCAAACUAAGAGUAUUCUUGCAGGACACGAAUUUGGAAAAAGAUUCAUGUUAAUCAAAGGGCUAUAUGGAUGGCUCAGGACGGGGUUCAUGGCACAAGAGUAGAGAAGUGCUAGGUGAGCAAACUCUUGGAAGAUUGGCACUGAGAUUUUAGUUCUGAAUUAUCAUAAACUUAAUAAAAUUGCCUAUGAUUUUUUAUUUAACUAUUAAAUUAUAUUGAAAUUUUAUCAAGAGAUUUUUCCUCUCUAAUUUUAUAAAAAAUUAGCUUGUUGUAAUCAGAUGAGAUGAGAAGACUUUCAAAUCAGACCUGGAUAUUGUUGUUGGGAUUGGUUUUCUUAUUUUGUUUUUAGAUUUUCUUGUUUGUUUAAGAUUUUUAUUGUUUUUCAAAAUUUGAGUUUUUGUGUGAAGAUUUUAUUGACUAAAUUUUAUAUUAUUUAUACUUUCUAUUUUUUUUUAUCUUAUUUCAAUUUGCGUUAUUAGGCAACUAUUCUCAUCUCAACAAAACAAUUAAAAUAAAUUUCACUCUUAAUAUCUUUUUUCAUAUUUUAAAAAAAUUAGUCUAUCUUGCAACAUAUUACUAGACAAUAUACUAGUUUAUGUGAAAAAGGGGAUGUACAAGGAGAACGUAGAAGUUGGAAAGAAAAAGACGAAUGUGAUGCUUGGUGGCAAUGGCAUGCAUUCCACUAUCAUUACUUGUAGUUUUAAUGUUGUUGAUGGCUAUGCAACAUUCAAGUCUGCAACAGUAGCUGCUGAUGGUGAUGGAUUCAUAGCCUAGGAUAUUUGGUUCCAAAACACAGCUAGGCCACAGAAACAUCAAGCCGUGGCACUCCGCGUCGGAGCCGAUCAAUCCGUCAUCAACCGAUGCCGCAUUGAUGCCUACCAAGACACCCUCUAUGCCCACAGCCUUCGGCAAUUCUACAGAGAUUGCUAUAUUACCGGCACAGUAGACUUCUGUGGUGCUCAAAACUGCAAGCUUGUACCACGAAAGCCCAUGAGCGGACAAAAUAACAUGGUAACAGCCCAGGAAGAACUGACCCAAACCAAAACGCAUGGGAUUUCAAUCCAAAAAUGUGACAUUAUAGCAAGUUCUGAUCUUCAGCCUUUUAAGGGCUCAUUCAAAUCAUACCUGGGCCGACCAUGGAAGGAGUCUUCUAGGACUGCUGUAAUGCAGUCCAACAAUGGUGAAUACAGCUGGGUGGUCAGUGUGGGAAGGGGAGUUUCCAUCAAAGACUUUGUAUUACGGUGAAUACUCGAACCAGGGACCCGGUGCUGGUGCUGGUAAAAGAGUGAAGUAGCCUGGUUAUUAUGUCAUUACAACCUGCCUGUAAUCUUGUGAACCACUGUACGUAGAAAAGAAAUAGGAUUGGGAUAUUGACAAGAGCUUAGUUCGUUUAGGUAAAACCAUACAAUCAUACCUACCUGUUCAUUCACUUGAACACGAUAAGCUUACAUGAGAAAAGAAGGGGCCAUUAAUUAUAUA